AUGGCUUUUAUACCAGCCACUAAAGCAUAUGAGAUUCUACUUCGGAAUGGAGGUGGUGAUAGUCAUGUGACAUGUUGUACUUGGGAGGAGGAUGAUCAACGCAACUUCAUAACUUUUAUACCUCCAAAUGUGCCGCAUAAAAAUAAUGAUUAUUAUUGUUUCCCUUGUUCGAGCUUCGAUAUUGUAGGUCGAUAUUUUGGUGCGGAUUUAAGAAAUGGUAUUCUCACUUAUCAAACGAUAGAUAAUACUACAACAUACUGGAUUCAUUUGGGAUCUAAUUAUAUUGGUGCUUAUUAUGAAGCAUAUCAAGGUGGUUAUAACAAAGACGCCUGUUUCAUGUUAACUGGUUACUUUAACGCAGCAGAAAUUGAAGAAUUAUCUUACGAUGAUUGUAAAAAAAUCAGAGGUCCAUAA